AGGAUCUUCAUUUAUUCUUGUGUCCAACUACCUCAACCUUCUCUCUCUCUAGAAAAAAAAAUGAGCAGUUUGAGCAUGGUGGAGGCAAAGCUUCCGGCGGGGUUUAGGUUCCAUCCAAGAGAUGAUGAACUCAUAUGUGAUUACUUGAUGAAAUGGGUGUCCACAGGAGGUGGCGGUGGUUGUGGCGGCACCGCUGCUGGACAUGGCCAGCUUCCUCUUCUAAUCGAAGUUGACCUCAACAAGUGUGAACCUUGGGACGUUCCAGAAGAAGCAUGUGUUGGAGGCAAGGAUUGGUACUUUUACAGCCAACGUGACAGAAAAUAUGCAACUGGGUUAAGAACAAAUCGAGCUACAGUUUCUGGAUAUUGGAAGGCCACCGGGAAGGACAGGGCGAUAUUUCGAAAGAGUACCCUAGUCGGGAUGAGAAAGACUUUGGUAUUCUACGAGGGUCGAGCACCCAAAGGAAGAAAGACAAGUUGGGUUAUGCACGAAUUUCGACUCGAAGGACCCCUUGCCCCUCCAAAAUUAAUUUCUCCCAUCACGGUAGAUUGGGUGUUAUGCAAAUUGUUCAAUAAAAACAAAUCAGAAUUUUGUGCCAAACAAGAAUUGGGAAGCAUUAAUUAUGAAUUUGAUGAUAAUCGUAAGACAAAUUCUUGGACUCUUCCACCAUUGAUGGAACCCUACAUCUCCUUUGAUCAAAUUGAUGAGCAAGUGUCCUGCUUCUCCAUUUUAACCCCAAACCCUAAUUUCUCAAACCUCGCCCACAUGGAUCAAGAUUUGUCCACUCAAAUCAUGACAAUUCUCCCAGAUCAACUUGAAGUGCAAAUUAAUUCAAACAUUUCUUGUGAUGAAAAUGAGGUGACUGAUAUUUUGAAGCAUGUUUUCACGAGGGACACGACGAAUAGGUCCCCGAGCUUUGGGGAAGGAAGUUCCGAGAGUUACUUAUCUGAAGUUGGAUUACAGCAGCCUUCAAUGUGGAAUUACUAAUGAUUUUUCAGAUCUGGGAUUUGCAAAUUGCAAACUGUCAUAUACAUUAGAUUAAGGUAAAUGGAUAUAUGAUUGGUCUGUCUAAGUUUAGCAAUGUAAAACUGUACCCUAUAUAUUGGUAAGUUUCAGAUUUUAACUUACUUUUAUUGAAGAAGAUUGUCCCCUGAAAAAUGUCAGAAAGUUUCUGCCAGAAUAGUCACAAUUUCUAUAGACAA